AUGCUUGGCUCUAUAUUUUGCUACCUUCUCUGCUGGCAGUUAUCCUUGUGGGCGGCAUUUUUGGAUUGUGGUGUAAGAAACAGCGUAGUAAGACCUGCACAUCGAAACUGUCCCCUCAUAGUACUUCAGCACAGCUUAUACCCAUUCAUCAUCAAAAUUCCAGCCACUCACACACCCAACAGAUUGAAAUGCAAAAGUUUUUACCCCGCAUACCUCUCGGGAUCCAUGAAGUAUCGCCACAGUCUAUUCAUUUUUUACACGAGCUUGGCGACGGAAUUUAUGGAAAAGUGUUUCGGGGUGAAAUGCAUCAUCCGCGUUCAACAUCGGGGACAACAAUAAUAUCUCCUGUUGCGAUCAAGACUCUAAAAGAAGGAUCUUCUGCGCAAACCAGACAAGAAUUUUGCAGAGAAAUCGAAACUGUUGCAAGUUUGCAACAUCCCAAUGUUGUGUGCUUGGUUGCUGUUUCUAUUAGAGAAGAACCUUUAUGCAUGCUGUUUGAGUAUAUGUUUCAGUGCGAUCUGCACGAGUUUUUAUUAAUUCAUUCUCCACAUUCAGAUGUAUCAGCCAGAAGUGAUGACGGAACGCCACAAAUCUUGGAAUUAUCAGACUUUUUGGCAAUAUCAAUGCAAAUCGCAUCAGGCAUGGAGUACCUUUCAAGCAAGCGAUACAUUCAUCGUGACUUAGCCGCUCGAAACUGCCUCGUGUCCGUUGAAACAGCACCAACGAGCUUAUCUCAAUCAUGUCUGACCGGUGGUUCAACUUCCCUCAUGGACAAUAUCUUAGUGAAAAUUUCCGAUCUUGGUGUCAGCAGGCACAGUUGUGCGAAAGAAUAUUUCAGGAUUCGGAACACUUUGCUCCCUGUUCGAUGGAUGGCUCCAGAAUCUUUGUUAUAUGGCACAUUUACCACGGAAAGUGAUGUAUGGUCAUAUGGCGUUCUGUUGUGGGAAAUUUUCAGCUAUGGUAUAAGACCUUACUUUAAUUGCGACAAUCAAGAAGUAAUAGAUCUUGUUUGUACGCACCAACUUCUUCCAAGGCCCGAAUAUUGUCCGCCGUUUGUGUAUUCGAUUAUGAAUGAUUGCUGGCAUGACACUCCUUCGCACAGACCAAACUUCAAAGAAAUCUACAAUAGAUUGUGUUCGGUACAAACAUUGCAUGAGAGAACAUUUAGCAUUAGUCAUUCUGUAUUGACUCAUAAUAGCAGUCACCAAAGUAGUACAGGUCCGAGUAAUAAGACAUUAUCCACUAAUUUAAGUUGUGGAACUGGCAAUAUUCUGGUUAAUGGAGCAACUGUAAGGCAAAAUGGUGCUUUCCAGUUUUGUGGUACUGGCAAUGGUUUCGUGUCAGCCAAAAUGAUACCUGCACAUAGAACUCAUCAAUGUGAACAAGUGUGAAAAGUGUAUGAAUUCAUUUGACAAUGAGUUAUUUUUUUCAACUGUCGUUGUGCCAUGGAAAGACUGAAAACACAUGAUGAAAUUAUUGGCAAACAAAUGUUUACAAACAUGGUAACUUUUCAGUUGACAUAUAAAUAAAUGAGAAUUAAAAUCUCUUCGAAAAGAUUUGCCACUAAUGUUGUGAAAUGAUCAUGCUGAAUCAUAAAGCUUGUCAUUAGUCAGAAAUCUUUAACGUCUUGACCAAACUAAAGAAAAACAUCCCUUUUUCUUAUAACAUGAAUAUUAGUUUUCCGUUUCUUAACAUACCUUAUUGGUGUGGGGCCUUAUUGGUGUGGUCUUUAUGUUAAAUCAAACUUCCUGAUUCUCAGAAAAAUCAGUAGUAAACGGUAAUAAUAAUUUCGAAUUAAUUGUCUGAAACCUUAAUGAGGUAUUUAGUUGAACCAUGAUAUCGUGUAAUCAUAUGUAAGAUUUAACUUGCACGUUAAUGUGGUUCAAACUAACGCCUUACUAUGGUUACGGAAAAUUUGCAAGCUAAAAGAUCAAGCUACAAUGUUUUAACAAUGGAAGCUUUCAAACCAUAUUUAGACUUUUCUCAUAUGACUAGCAAAGUGGCGACUCAUGGGUUGCGCGGAUAUGAUAAAGUACUUAUAGUUACUUAGUAUGGAUUACUUUACUACUGUAGAAAGCAAGCAUUUCAGACAAUACAGAGAUCUUUAAGGCAUACCAUGACCUCUACAAUAGUGAAAAAAAUUUCAAAACUUAUUUAACCUUAUCUCAGAUAACUGGGUCUUCAAGACAAUUAUUUGAAAAACAACCAUGUUUGUACAUUUUUGUUGGUAAUAAUUUCAUUUUUUCUCUUUCUUGUAUUUUACAUAUAGUCCAACGAAGGUACUGAAAAAAGGACCCUCAUAAUAUCAGAAAUCAUUUUUUAAAAAAAUAUUCAUCGUGUUCUUAAAAGUUUAGCAUUCUUCUGAGCUUGAACAAAAAGAAAUGGUCCAAAAUAAUUUCAUUCAUAGAAUGUAUUGUUUAUCAUUGUUUAAAAAUAGUGAAGUUAAGAAUUUUGAUUUUACACUAAAAAAAUUUAAAUUCUUUCAAUUUUUAUGCGAAGUAAUUGUUGGAAAUUCCGUGCAUUUUUUAAUAUUCAUUUCAAAUAUUACCAAUAUUAAAUUUCAGCUUAAAGCGCUUCGGAUUCCUUUCAAAUCAAAUGUUAUAUUCAAAAUGUUCAUCUCAUUCUUUAUAAUACCCAUUCUUUGUUCGGUGGUGAAAAUUGAAACACAAAUACUAACACAAUUAAUAAAGCUAAAAUAAUCAAAUGACUUUUUUACUUAUUUUUAUUCAUUUCCCUUCCCGGUGACUAAACUAAUACAUUUAGCAAAACACGUUUUUAGUAGCUUAUCCUUCAAUGAAGAUUAUAUGAUUAAAGAUUUAUAUUUCAAUUAGCAUUUAUUUCCAAAGUUAUUCGAGCAUCAUUGGCGUCAAAAAAUUGCAUGAAGUUUUUUUACUUUUCUCCUAAAAGAAUUAGUACCAUUUCUCCAUUAAUUUGACUUCUAGUACUAUAAUAUAUUUUUUAUUUCAAUAUGUGCCUAUUACAGAAAUUAAUUAAGCAUCUUUAGCAUCAAAAAUGGCAUAACGAGUUUUUACAUAUAUCUUAAACGAAUUAGUGCCAUUGCUUGGUUAAUUUUGUUUUACAAUACAAAACUUAUUUUUUAAUUUCAUUUAGUUCAUAUUAUCAAAAUUAAUUGAAUAAUUUUGGCAUCAAAGUUGUAUAGCGAUUUUUGUAUUUUUUUCUUUUUCAAAAUGAAUUAUAUCAAUUUCUCUAUUUCUUUUUUUUUUCAAUAAGUAACUUUUUCUUUAAAGUAUUUUCCAUUACCAACAUUAAUCAAGCUUCAUUGUCGUCAAUAAUUAUAUGGUGAUUUUUUGCGUUUCUGCUACACGUGUUAGCACUAUUUCUUCAUUAAUUUAGCAAUUCAGUGCAUAUUUUUUCCUUCAAUUUCCGUGAAUUUUAAAUUAUAGCUAUGCUGUUUAAGAAUGUUGAAAUAUAAACACGUUUAAAAAGAAUAACUAUAAACAAAAUUAACACGAGGAUCGCUUUAUAAAUACUAAUUUGGUAUCGCAAUCCGCCUAUUCUAGAGCCCCUGAAUUAGACUUGAUAGUAUAGGAGCCUUAGCCUAUGCUACCACGUUCAAGUUCAUCAUUGAGUUUAUCUGACAUAACGAAUAAAACUCCUGAGAGCUAUAAGCUAGCAAACAUCACAGACGUUAUCUUAAACCCGAAUCGUUUGCAGUUUAAUUAUUAUCAACAGAGAUUUCUAAACCAAUGAAACAAUUCCAUUUUUAAACAUUUAUGCCAAACAAUCAGAUUUAAGUGUUUGAACAAUUUUUUAGAAUCGGGGGCUAAAAUUACUCCUGUCCAAAUUUUAUGACGGUUCUUGAGUUGAAAGAGUGAUACACGCAGAGACUCAUUUUAUUAUUAUAGAUAUAUUUUUUUUAAAAAAAACUUAUGUUAAUAAUAUAAUUUUGAAUGUUUGUACCGAAUGAAUUACAUUUUGUACUUAAUUUCGCUCAAUUUUGAAAUAUUUUACAUAACUGUCUUAGAGUAUGAGCAAGUAUUAUUCAAAUAAAAUAAAUUUUUACAGUAUUUUUAAAUCGGCUUUUGAUAAGUAAAAUGCACGAAACUUUCAAUAAUACUAUUUAACAAUGUAUUAAAUUAGAUUUAUUUUUUAGUUAUAUUUAAAAUUUAUAAAAACAAAAAGUUGCUUCAAUUUUGCACUUUUGAUUUUUUUUUAAAAAAAACAUGUGUUUACGGUGUUUAAAUAUGAGUAACGAUAAACUUUUAAUAGCCAUAUAUUCAAGACUAUGCAAUGUGUAUAAACUAUUUAUAUUCAGAUAUUGCAAUGGUGCUUAUGUAUAAAUCUAUGUUCACAUAGUCUUAAGACCAAAAAAAAGUGUACAUUUGAGAAACUCGCAUUUUCCCUGAAUGCGGGUACACGAAAUAAGCAAGUUUUCUUUUUCAUAUUAUUUUAUGGAAAAAACAUUAUUUCAGUAAAAUUAAGAUGCAAAAUAUCUCACUUUACAUUAGAUUAGUAAACUGCAAUAUCUUUGGGGUUACACAUAAUUUCAAAUUUCACACUGACUUUAAAAUAACUAUAAACUUUCUUUUACGUGUUUUUAAACUUCUUUUGAUGUAGAUUAGCAAUUUCUCUCAUUCCAUUAGCUGAGUACGUAGUUGUGAUUAUUAAUAGUUUAUUGUUUUGAUGUUGUGUGAUGUUAGACUAUAUAGUACUUAUAAAAUAAUUUACUUAAUUUUUGUGCCAUAUAUCUCGCCUAUAAUUAAUUGCUGUGUAUUAGCUUGUUUAUGUACGCUUCUUAUGUGUGUUGAUGUAUAGUUUGUUUAUAUUUUCUAUGGAUUCAAAGAUUUCUUUUACAUAUCAAAUUAAACGAAAAAACCUUUUCAAUAAAAACAUCCUUAAUCCUUUUCUGGUUGUUAACACAUGAUCAUUCAAUAUUUCGCAUGUUUACUAAAAACUAGAGCUGUUUAAAAUUGAAGUUUUUUCUCACAACAUAUCGUCGAAUUAAUACAGUAUUUAUAUAAAUAGCACAAUAUUUUUCAAUUUUCUAUGCAUUAUUCAUACCAUUUAAUGCUGGUUUGCAAUUAUUUGUUAAUAACUGCUGCUAUAGAAAGUGAUUUAGAGGACUUAAAAUUACAUUUCCGAUUUUAUAAAAAUUAGAACUAUCUUCAAAAUGGUGAUAAUUUUGGAAAAGAUGUAAUCGGAAUUACGAUAUAACGCAAAGUAUACUCACGCAUUACUGUUCGUACGAGAAAUUUUGAUUCUUUGCAAAAAUAAGUAUGCAAGAAAAUAAGUAAGCAAUAAAAUGAUAUUAAUUAAAAUUAAUGUUUUAAGCAGUUAAAAAAAAUUAAGAAUAUCAGAUAUGGUUUAAGAAUUAUAUUCAAGCUUUUUGAGAUUCCCUCCAGUUUAAAUUAAGCCGGAAACUUUUCUUAGUUGCUUUCCCUGCAAUGAAAGGCAAGUUUUAAAAAACAUCAAUACAAAAUGCAUAGGUAUAUUUUUUUUAAAUCUAAUUUCGUAAAAAAAUGGUAAAGUGGUGUUUAACAGAAUUUUUCGAUGUUAUCACAAAAUUUUAAACAUUUUCGUUAUUUUCCAAUUCACCUUGCAGUUCACGUAAAAACUUAAAAUUUGUAUUAACUGUUAUUUAUUUUCCCUUAAUCAAAAUAUACGGUAUUUAAGACCAUUCAUUUGGUAAUUUUUCCGUUUAUAUGAUAAGAGAUA